UGGAAAGAUGGCCUACAUAAUUUUAAUGAUCACGUUCUCCUUUCCCUUCCAUUAUGCCUAACCAUAAGGAACAUGCUACAGGUUCAUACUGCAGUGAGCAGGGUCAUAGAGUAUUUAGAACUCACUACAGGUCAAAGAUUUCCCUCAGCUGAUACAGUUCUCCAAGGCUAUCUUCAUUUUGAGGCACUUACAGAACAUGAUUAUCAGUACUCUUGUAUGACCUGUGGUGAUCACCCACCUGUUGUCAUUAUGGACCUGCAUAAGAAGGGAGCUUUCCAUUUGUCAGUUAGUGACCUGCCACAACCUCCAGUGGACUUCAAUGGAGAAGUUGAUGUGGAACAUUUUUGGGAGGCACUUUCAAUGGAAAAAAUUGGUCGAGGAUUUGUAUCAAGUCAACAUAACAAUCCAUUUGCAGUUCCACCAAGUUUCAACUUCUGGGCACCAUGGAUAGGGAAAAAGACUCGCAGAUCAAACCUUGUCCUUAACACAGAAUUUGAAAAAGUCCGUCCACAAAAACUGGCAGAGGUGUGUGAAAUAACAGUCUCUGAAGACCGGCUGAGAGAAGAACUGUACAAGCAGAAGGUUCAACUUGUUAGAAAAUUAUGUAGGGAGUGUGGAUUGGAUUCCUCUGGAUCGCGGACUGACCUCCUCCUCAGACUGUCCAAAGAAAUGCAGUCAAGGCAGACAUAUGACAAGGUUUUUCAAAAGAUUUGGGCUGCCUCAGGUGGUUGGGCUGUGGUUAUGUGCCCAUGUGGCAUUGUUUACAGUAUUAAAUGUAACAUCCGAGCAGAAAGCCCACGUGACUUUGCAGACAUCUUGUUGUCUUGGAAACACAUGCCAAAUAUUGUUAUAUAUGACUUUGCACGUGGAUUGGCAACACACCUUAAUCUCAGAGAGCCAGAAAGAUUACCCUUCACACCACAUGAAGGACGGUUAAGGGCCCCAACUGCAGACAACAUAGCCCAAGCCAAGGAUGGAAAACUUAAGGUGUCACUACCUUGGCUGAACUGCAAGAAACAGAUUCCAGACCGUGAUGGUCAUCCAAUAACUGGUUCAGCAGAGCAUUAUGCGCUCUAUGAUAAAUUUCAUGAAGAUAACACAAAAGAUGCCCGUGAUUCCUUGCGGAGAAUUAGUCUGGUCCCACAACUUGCCGGAAAAGUCAACAGUCAAGUCGCUGAACAGUUGUUUGCAAGAUUGAGUAAAAACAAUUACUUCCUUAAUAUGGCAUUACAAUCAACUCAUCUUUUUUUAUAUAUACAUUUCUAUUAUAACCACAGUGUUACUUACUGUAUUGUGUUUUUGAAAUAUUUAUGUUUUUAG